AUGGACCUCUACUUCCAUGGCAGAGACAUGGAUGAAGCCUCGCAAGGGCUCCUGAUGUUAGUGGGUGGCGCGGGCCUGGCGAACUGUAUCGCCACCUGCCGCGUGGAAGCCAGGGCCGACGGCCGCUGGAAUGGCCGGAACGUGAGCCUGCUUGAAUCUGGGGUGCAAAUGCUUGAUGGCAUGAAGAUGGCGGGCAUGAUCCGGUAUUUUUAUGACUAUAAAGGCUUUGGCUUCAUCAACGUCACUGGGAACCCCAUUGACAUUUACUUUCAGGGCCGCGAUGUGGGGCCCGACGCGCAGAUGAGAUGCGAAGAGAUGGGCCCUGUGGGGACCGUGGUGUGGUUUACCGUCUAUGCGCAGACGGACAGCAGAUGGCAGGCGAAAGAGAUCGUCCUGGCGGGCGAUGGGAGCUCUCCUGGAGGCCUUACGGCCGAGAUGCUGGGGGGCAAAGGUUGGGGCAAGGGAGAUGGAGAUGGCUGGGACUCCUAUGGAUGGGAUGGAUGGGGGUCCAUGGACUAUGGUGGUGGCAAAGGCUGCGGCAAGGGGAAGAGCAGUUUGCCAAAGGUAGAGAAGCAAAUCAUCCCUGGGUGCGAGCUGGUUGGUCGGUUGAAGUCCUACAACGCAGAGAAGAACUUCGGCUUCAUCAGCGUUGAGGGGCAAACGAACGACGUGUACUUCCAAGUCUGGGACCUGGUGGAAUCAUUGAAAUCACAGCUGGACAGCGUGGGGCCAGAGGGAAGUGGCCUGACGCCCGGCGCCUUGGUUAAAUUCUGGCUUCAGCUGAUGCCAGGCGGCGGUCGUUUGAGAGCGCGAGACCUGUCUUUGAGCCCCGCCACCGCGGAGGGACCGAGCGCCGCAGCCACCGUGGACGCCGCUGUACAAAAGGCUGCCGUGGUGGCGCACGAGGCCAUCAUCCCCGGCACCGGAAGUAUUUUGUACGAUGGUGCAGAGGUAAGUGGGAAGGUGAAGACCUUCAAUCAGGAUCGGGGCUUCGGCUUCAUCAGCGUCGAUGCAGAUGAAACGGAUUUGUAUUUCAACGUGAAAGACAUGCACCCCGAAGACCAGAAGAAGGUGGCCAAUGGCCUUAGACUUCCCGGGCAAAGAGUCUGGUUCUGGGCUGAAAUGCUGGACAAUGGAAUGAGUGGUCGAUGGCGCUGCCACGACAUUAGCCUCUCCUUCCGGCGGAGCAGCCCGAGCGCCGCCGCCACAACCGACGGUCCGCCGGCGAAGCGGCCGCGGACUGAUGGGCCAGAGAACUCCUCAGGCCAGAAAGUGAAUGGUUCCACGCACCGCAGCUGCACUAAAAACGAGCAGAACUCGAGUUCGAAACUGCGCAGAAAGCCGGCAGACGAGGUGAUGCGAACUCCGAAUCUCGCGGUCGUGCGAGCCAGCAGCCUGGCAGCAGGAUUCGGUGAAGGCAGCCGUGCAGAUGACAAGAGAAGCGAAGGCCCGAGGGAGCCCUGGCAGUUUUUGGCCGCUGGCCCGGAGGAGGAGAUCGCACGCAUGAUCGAAAAUGGAGUCCCUUCGAAUGAAAUCCUGGAAGCCAUCCGGAGUGGUUCAGAAGGUGACCAGCCCCUGGAGAUCCAGGGAGAAUCUGAAGAGGCAGAUGAGCCAGUGGCGAAGUCUCUGUCAGAGGAGAGGCCACCACGGAGAGCGGCACUCUCGCCUCUGGGCUUCGCAAAGAAGGCGGUGUCACCAACUCCUCAAGUUCCGCAGCUGCGAGUCAAAGAGGAGGAGCCUGAGGAGAAACCUGAGCCAUCGGCAGUUGUGCCAGAGUUGGAUCCAGGUAGGAUCGCCAAGGGCCUGGAUGAAGUAGGCAUCUUUGGAGGAUUCUCGAAGAAAGCUGAAAAGCCGAGCGGGUCCGAGGCCAUUCCUUCUCGAGUCGCACCUUAUGUCCCUUUAGGCCUUCCCCGUCGGAGCCGUCCCCUCGAAGAGGCCAAGCUCGAGGAGUUCAGGAAGCUCGCAACCCACCUCUUUGAAGAACUCGUGAUUCAUGAGGUGGAGAUGGACCUGGUGGAGACGGUCAGUUCGAGGGAUGGCGUCAUCGACUCCGCGCUCUUCCACAGGUACACGGACCCGAAGUCAGCAGGCACCGCCCUUAGGCGCGCCAUUGUUUGCACGGAGGAUCGACAGGGAGAGCGUAGGAUCAGCGGUGACUGCGCAGUCCCUGUUAAACUCCCCCCUGCGCUACGUGGGACUGGUGCAGAGGACCUGGAGGAGUUGGAGGUCACCCUGGAAAAGGAAAGAGAUGUGGCCGCCAAGUACUACAAAGACCACCCGAUCGAGCACGUUGAGACAUCGCCCAAUGCCGUCGAGUGGGGCCCUGAUUCUGAUGACAGUGAGGGCGACCCUGCAACAAUGGACCUAGAGAUGCACCACACCUUCGUGCAACUCGCCUCGGGAGCUGGAAAGAUCCAUAAACCCUCAGUCGGGGACGAACACAUGCCAAGGUGUGGGAGCCAGGGUUCAAGGUUCGCGGAACUCGGCGUGGACCACAGCUGGGGCAUGAACUACAAGCUCUGCAACAAGUGUUUUGGAAAAAAUGCAGAAGCAUCCACGUGCCCCUUGCUGUGUGACUUCGUGCUGAAGAAGGGGGGCAAGGUUGUGCUGCGUUGCGGACGACGAUGCAGAGGCGAUCAGGUAGAAGGACAUCUGAACCCCAGUGAGCAGGGCUUUGAUCCAGCAAGUAGGCACAGGUGCACCUUGCACAGUGAAGAGGUGCUAGAGGAGGAUCUGUAG